AUGAGUGUAUAUAAAGACCUACCUAAACCUCAACCUAAGUUCAAAGUGGGAGAUACAGUGCGCGUUAGCAAAUUAAAAAUGAUUUUUGAAAAAGACUAUGAAAGUAACUGGACAAGAGAAAUAUUUGCGAUACAUGAAAUCCUUCCUAGAAAUCCACCUGUUUAUCGACAUAAAGACCUCGCCGGAGAAGUCAUUGAAGGAACCUUUUACGAAAAGGAACUGCAAAAUAUUUCAGAUUCUGACUAUUAUUCUGUUGAAAAAGUGUUGCGAGAAAGAAAGAGAAACGGUGUGACGGAAUAUUAUGUGAAAUUCUUAGGUUAUCCACCAAAAUUUAAUGCAUGGGUCACCGAUGUGAAAAGAAUAUAA